AGACCAUGAAGGGAGCAAACGCACGUCAUGUCGUGCAAACUGUUGCUUGCUUCGUCUUCGUUCGCACCUGCUCGGCAUUCUUGUUGCAACCAAUCCGCUGUAACUUACCUCGUGCAUAUGCGAGGAACUUUCAAACCUACAGCAUGAUCAACGAAGGAUCUUCGUCAAGGGAGGACUCGAGGAGAGAUUUCCUUCUGCGUUCCCUAGCCUCGCUGUCCACCUUAGGUGUGGCGAGCAGAGAAGCGCAGGCAGGGGAGGGUAUCAGCGUUGAGAGCAAGUUAGGGCUGGGGGGAAAGACUUCGCAGAUCAACGGGAAAGAAAUCUCUCAAGUGUGUCGGGGCAGCAGAGGACAGAACUGUCAAGUUUGGGUGCCCCCGGAAAUCGAAUCUUCGCCAGUCCAAGGGGGGGAGCGAGGAGAGAUAACGAGCAAAGUGUACUUGGAUGUAAGGAUUAUCCGAGACUACAGCAAAGAAGUUCUCGAGGACGGAGUGCUGAGGGGCAGGAUCGUCUUCGGCUUGUACGGGAAGCAGUCGCCCAUGACAGUCCAACACUUCUUGAAGUUCGUCACAGCCAGCUAUGGUGAGGGCCCUGCCUACUCGUCGGGGAUGUUUUACAGACACGAGGCUGGGAGAUGGAUAGAAGGGGGAAGAAUCAACGGACUUUCUACCACUCAGGUGGCAGGUCAGGAAACGUUCCAGUGGAAUGGCCGAGUUGUGCCGCUAGUUCCGAUCCUUGAAACGAACAGCUUGCGGCAUGACCGCAAGCUUCUCUUGUCCCAUCGCAAGUUCAACCCUGGCCCUGAGUUUGACAUCACCCUUUCUCCUACCCCCGAGCUGGACGCUUCCAACACGGUGUUCGGAGAGGUCAUAGCUGGGGAAGAGUACGUGCAGGAGAUUGUCAAACUGCCGUUUGUCACUGGGAAAUCUCUGGAUCCUGAGGGGAGUCCAGCAGACUCCUGGUGGAAGGCGCAGCGAGAGUUCUUUAGGAAUGUUGCGAAGGUGUCAGGAGACACAAGAGUCACCAAUACAUUUCCCGGCAAGCUUCUUCGUCGUGUCGAGAUAACGAAGUGCGGUCUGGUGUGAACUCACGCUCACCGCUCCUUCAAGGGUGCGCUUAAGACGAGGGCUGCAGACAGUCUGUUGUCACCUUGACGAGUGUCAGCGUAUGACCAACAGCACCAUGUCUUCACCUUCAAUGCUCAAAGUAUUCACGUUGUUUCCCGCCUCCUCUCCAACAGAAUGCUCUAUGGCGGGUAUGAAGCCAUC